AAGCUCCCCAUGUUUAUAUCUGACGUGCGCAUGCGCGCCGCUUGAGCGACGUUUGCUGUUGAGUCACAUGAGUUUCUGUCGCAACUUGUUUUACUAGCCAGUUGGCUAACCCACUUAUUCUGAUGUUCACAGUAUAAUCACGAACGAGAUGAUGGACAGACAAGGAUAUAUAUGACCUUUUCUCAUCUCAGGUGAUAUGUCAGCUAAAAUUCAGCAUCAUGUCUGUGGAUGGCCCCCGGACGUCAGUGUUCACCUUCCAGUCAGCCGUACACACUGUGCAUGUCCUCCGCUCCCUGGAUGAACAGAGGCAGAAGGACGUCCUCUGUGAUGUGACUGUAGAAGUAGGGUGCAGGAGCUUUCGAGCACACUGCUCAGUACUGGCUUGCUGCAGUGACUAUUUUUACACCAGACUCCUAAACCACACUGGGUGGAACUUUGUCAUCACCCUUCCUGAUGAAGUCACUGUAGAGGGCUUUGUGCCUUUGCUGCAGUUUGCCUACACUGCAAAGCUUCACUUCACCAAAGAAAACAUUCUGGAGAUUCACAGAUGUGCCGAGCUGUUGGGAUUUCACAAUCUUGACAAAGCCUGCUUUGAGUUCCUCAUUCCUAGGUUCACUGAUGGCAGCAGAACCACUCAGGAAGCAAAAAAAAAGAGCAAAAACAGCAACAAGAGCAAACCCUGUCAUGAGGAGCAGUCAUCUGCCAACGGAGACUGCAGUACUACCAGUGAGCAGUGUGUUAAUAUUGAAACAGACAGUGUACCUCCGAUACCUGCAGCUGAGGCAGCACAGAGUGAUCCAGUUGUGCCAAGUGAACAGUGUUCUGAGCAAUGCUCCUCUGUCUCCUCUAAUAAGGAUCUGGGCUUAGAUUUACCUUCGGACUCAUUCCAGACUGGCUCUGACCAAGACAGAACGGAACUCUGUUUACAGAACUGUGGUCCACAGCUGGUACCAUCUUCCUCUGUAGCAACUGGUGAGGUUUGUCCCUUUUUUUCAAUGCCAUGCACAAGUGACGGUGAAAAUGUGCAUCCUACUGCAGCUGGCUGUGAUGGUGACAUUCUGGAGAUGGGAGAAGCUUUUCAGGAUGGACUGCCAAUGGAUGCUCCUGGCGUUCCUGCCGAAACGUCUGCUUGUGGGGCUCUAAAUGUGCCAAAUAUCACAGAGGGCCACUUUAACCAGCCUGUAAGAGUUCUAGAAACAUCAGCAAACUGCAGCCAGUUGUGUCCUCUAAGCUCCACAGAAACAAGUGAGGUUUUGGAUAGCAUUGCGUCAGUGAGUAACCUAGAGAGCGUUAACACUGAGGCCACUCAGACCUUUGACUCCACAGAGCAAAUAUUCCCUGAUCCAGCACCUAAUGAUGGGCCCGCAGAGAGGAGCACAGUGGAGAGGGAGGUGGCAGAGCAUCUGGCUAAGGGUUUUUGGCCAGAUUUAAGCUCCUCUUUGACAGAGCCUCUUGCGUCUAUGGACCAGGUUGCUGUUGGAAAUGGUGCUGACUUCCACUGGCUGAAGCACCUGGACUUGGGGGCCGCCCCUGAUGACUGCCCGUUUCUCAGAGACCUAAGCUCCAACAAGGGACAACCCGCUGGAGGUGACAGUCUGUCCCAAGAAGAGAGUAGAGAAAGUUCCUGUGUGUCUCCUAUAAACUCUAGCGAGAAUUCUGAAUGUGACACAGAGGCAGAUUGUGUGGCUUCCAAUGAGCAAGCACGUGAGGUGGACUUGCCUUUCCCAGUAGAGCAGAUUUCGAGCAUGAGCAGGCGGGCGUUCCUGCAGAUGCUAAAGGAACAGCGUUUGACCCCAGAGCAGCUGGAGUUUGUGCAAGAUGUUAGGCGGCGCAGCAAAAACCGCAUGGCUGCACAACGAUGCCGCAAGAGAAAGCUAGACUGCAUCUACAGGCUUGAGGGAGACAUCAAGAGACUAAGGACUCAGAAAGAGAAACUGCUGCAGGAGCGUGGUCAGCUGAAGCGGAGUAUGGAGGAGACACGACAGUCUCUCUCAGGGCUGUGCCAGGUUGCAUGCCCUGAGGCUUCAGCACAGCCGGAGCAGCUCACUAUCUUAGCCAGGUACCUUUCCUCAGACUGCCCCACCUCUCUGCCCCUCACUCCCAUGGCUUGUCCUGCCUUGACUGCUUCUGACCAGGACAACCUGGCAGAGAGCUGCCUUGAAGCCAGUGUCACUGGACACCCUCCAGAUGACCGUCCACAAGGAAAUGGAGCAGGGAUGAAACCUGCAUCUGCCCUCUUUCAUGGAGCACAUAGUGACAUUACAGAACCUCAUGCCUCGUAAUCCAAAGGGCAGGUCCGUCUGGAAUUACCAUAGGAGCAUGUGAGUGGGUGUGGUCACUGCUAAUAGAAAUCUAAUGUGGUAAUACAAUUAUCGGCCAAACCAAAAAUUAUAUUCACGUUUAACAGUAUUUACAGAACUUUGAUUUAAUCUGUGAAUCUGUGAGUGCUUAAUACUUCGGGCUGCAUAGCAGUGGAAGUAACUAUUAUUUUUGGACUCUUUUGCUGCAAGCAUUUGCUACCUAACUACCAGGGUCUAUAAAAUGUAUUUGAGAAAUUCAGUAAAACAAUAUAGAUUCAUUUAAAUCCCAUAUAAUCCUACUAAUCAUAAAAUCAAGUAUGUUACAUUCUCUGUGGCUAAUUUGGUGUGGUAGCAUAAUUUUUUAUGCUAAUAUCUAUUUUAAAGGGGGUUGCACAUUUAUUUUGUGCAACUGCAAUGAGAGAAGAAUCUUAAAACCUGUUACAUAUGAUCUGUCCUUUAAAGAAUUGUUAUUGCAGUUGCUUAUGAUAUCAUACUUGUAUCCUAAGAGGUAUACCACAAAGCAAGCUCAACAUUCAGGUAUUCUUGAAAAAUUAUGGAGAAACUAAUCUAAACAUUCCUAGUUAAUCAAAUCACAGUGGUUAAUUAGUAUUACAAAUUACUCAAGUCCAGCUUUAGUCUGUACAUUCACAAAUAGGUGGCAAAGAAAAUGUUAUGCCAGUACAAUAUAAAUAGGAUACUAACACUAUUCAUGUUACACUGAGCUUCUACAAUUGCACCAAGUGCCUUAAAACCAUCCAUUAUUACACAUUAGACAAAUGUUUGGGGAACAGGAUGUCACCAAGUGCGUUUACAGACACUUAAUAAUCCGAUAACUGCAGAAAAUCAGGUUUUGUCAGUAAUCUGAUCAUGUUUAUAUGCAUUUGAGUAAUCGGAUAAUGGGAAGACUACGGUUUACAUGGGUCAGGCAGUAGUCCAAUUGCUUUCCAACCAGAGAAUAAGACAUAAUGUAAAUGUAAUGCUCAAACUUAUUUUUUAUUUUAAACAUUGAUCCACUUUACCUGAAAAUGUGAACAUACAUCAUCUGCAAAAUAUUUAUACCAGUAAAUUUGUCAAGCAUAUAGUUUCAGUGUCGCUCCAAAAGUGUUUUGUUGCCAUCUCACAAGUGCUGUGUUAAACGCUGUCUGCUUAUGUCCGGUGCUGCAGUCUGUUUUCCCACAUGCGCAGACUGAUAUAUCCAAAAAGAGUAUAUAUGCACUGAGAAAUUUGAUUACCAAGCUAAAAUCUCUCAAUUUUUUUUUUAGCUGUAAUUCUAGACCUUAUUGUGAUUUCUUAGAUCAAAAUUAUGCUGUGUACAUCAUUUAAAUAAAUAAGACAACUGCAGAAACUUCGAUUAUGAUGGGGUUAUUAAGUGUGUGUAAAUGCACUCGAUGUCAAAUAGGCUGGCUGUGUUAAAAUAAAGUGUAUUCUUGUGAUGGUAGGCUCUGUUAGGCUGUGGGAAAGAUCUAGAAUAAGGAUAAGACCUAGAAUAUUAAGAAUUGUUCAAGUGUAAAUUAUUUAUGAAUUAAGAAAACAGUAUGUCAGAUAAUAUUAAUUAAUUAAACAGUGAUUAUAAGCUACUGCACAAAAUAAUAGCUCUUUUCAAAUAUAGUUGUCUGACAUCUGUCUCAUGUUUAAUUGGUUAAGAACUACAUCGUUUAUGCUCAGUUAAACACAACAUAACAACAGCUUAACAUCCCCACCUCCUGACUUGAUAUUUGAGAUGUUCUCAAAUUUACCCUCUGAAAUCAGUAAAGUACAUAUAUACAUGAAUGUAUCUGUCUAUGUAUUUAUCUGUGUAUGCUGAGCUACCCAGGUAAUUCCAUAAGCCAUUUAUCCUGCUUUGUGGUAUGUUCCUCUGGACCUGCAUUCUUUUUUCUGCAUUUUUUUUUUUUUUUUUUUUGGAAGGUAAUGAACUAAACCAUGAUGGUCACAGCUACUGUGUAGGCCUGUCAUGAUUAAUACAGAAUUGUCUGAUCACAAUUAUUUAAGCUGCUAGCUUAAUUGUUAGCUUUCACAAUCAUAUGUAUGUAAAGUUGGUGCGUUUUUAUAGAUUGGGUUGAGACAAAUGCAUGUAAGUAGAGGAAUGCAGAAAGCUUUUAUUUAGACGUGUCAUCAGCUCUACAAAAGCAACAUCUGGCUGGUGCUGUAACACUCUUAGAGGGCAGUGGUGAUUAAUGUUUGUAUAUUUAAACUCAAGCCAUGCCUGUCAUCACCUGGAAACUGCUAAAUAUUGACAGCUAGGGAAAAAAAUCAGCCAAUGUGGCCCUUUAGGCUUUACUUUGAUAGCUGCACACAAUGAAUACAGUUAGACAACUGAAGCUACACUAUACGUUUUGGGGAUAAAAAUGUAUUUGGUCUAAAAAACUCCCAUGAAAUCAAACUCUUCUGAAAUUUUGACCCGUAGCUGGGCAAGGACAGCAUAUUGUAGCAUGUUUAAUUUUUCUAUUGAAAUACAGCUUUAAAUUAAAAUGAUUGAAGUUAAAAUGAUUUAUAUGGCAAUUAAUUGCAUGACAGGCCUACUUCUGUGUGAAAGUCAGUUCCUAUCAUGAUAUAAAUUUAAGGCAAUACUGCCCACACCAAUGGUCUACCCUGUAGUUUUCACUCGGGAGCAGAUGUUUCAGCUGUGUAAUUCUGAGUAUAAUUUUCUUUACUUCAGAACACUUUUCAUAAUGUUUAUGAAUAAAUGUAUAUAUCUAAAUUUGCACUAUGUUACUACACAUUUCACAUGGAAGAUUCAGUAAGCUUUAGCAACUCGUAUUUGCAUCAUUCUUGUUUGCCGUUUUGCAAGGUGUGCAUGACUCAAAAGGUAAGGAUUCUUAAUUAUAUAAGAGUCUAUUUGCCUGCUUGGAAUUCCUCGUCCCACCUGCACGUUUAUCUUAUGCAUUAUCUGUACAGUAAGUGCAGUGCUCUUAAUUAUGCUAAUGUAUCAUGAUUCUCACUGCAAGAGCAAUGGAUAGCAUAUAUGCAGCUUUAGUCAAGCGUAGCACAACAUUCUUGGCACUAAGUGCAUAACAUUUGUUUACUGGAUGUGUUGCACAAUUCUUUGUAGAUUUAUUCAGGUUCUGAAAUGACUGCCAUGUGUGAUUGUGUUCUAUGUGUUCAAUCACUAAAACAAACUCCCUUUGGCGCAAACAACAAUGUGUUAAGGAUGUGUGUAUAGUGUAUAUAUACACAUACACUUUCUUGUUUUUCAGUAUUGUAGGGUGCUGGUUCCCCAACUUCAACUAUUUUGAAAAAUGGACUUGUUAUACUGUACAGUUACUGUUGAUUUUUACUGAUUUUAAAAUAUUAAUUGAUUAAAAAGUAAUAUUCUGCCUGCAAGUCUUUCUAUAACAUUCAUCUUUUCAAAAGAAAUGUCAAUAAAUUCUAACUCCCAAAUACUG